GACCGCAGAGUGAGUGGCUGGCUGUCUUAUAGGAGCAGCGGAGAAGGAGGAGGAACAGCUGCCGUGAGAUGAUUACCCGGCCUUAUUAGAGGGAGGUGCAUGCGGGCACGCUCUUCACAUCUUGCACCACCAUCACCAGCACCACCACCCGGCUUGAUCAGCAUCAACUCGCGUGUGCGGCACACGACGGACACGAUAGGGGGGUCUUUGGGGCAUCUUCUGGACAAGCGACUGCUUCUCCUUACCCGUCCGUCUCUCCACCCGGCCCAUUUUUUUUUACAUUUUUUUAGGAUAUUUGAUUAAGCUUCUGAGCUUCGGGUCACGCUUCUCUGUGUGUGUUUUUUUUAAAUAAAAUAAAAUCCCGCGUUUGAUGUUCGUAUAUCGCUAAAGUUCAAGAGUCCUCCGUACCAGCGGUGCGCCUGGCAAUACCAUCAUCAUCAUCAUCAUCCUCGCCUCGACUGGUAAGGAUAGCCGUGUCCUGUCUCCUCCACGCAUCGCCACUCACAGCAGGUACAAUGCGUGCCCUGGCGACGUGUCUGACGGCGUGCCUGGCCCUGCUGCUCCUCCUCCUCCGAGGCGUCGCCAGGGGCCAGGACUCGCUCACGGUUGACGAUGCUGCUGGGGGCCCGCCGCUGCUGCCAGAGGGGACCGGCUCAGGCCCGGUCUGUGCCAGCAAGUCCGUGGACCUCAUAUUCAUCAUCGACAGCUCGCGGAGUGUUCGGCCACGUGAGUUUGAGAAAAUGAAGCUCUUCAUCACGGCUAUCAUCGGCAACCUGGACAUCGGGCCGGACGCGACGCGGGUCGGGCUCAUCAAGUACGGCAGCACGGUGCACCACGAGUUCUCGCUCGCCACGCACCGCCACAAGGCGGAGAUGGUUACUGCCGUGGAGGCCAUGGAGCCUCUGGCGACGGGCACCAUGACGGGCCUGGCCAUCGAGUACGCGAUGACGGUGGCCUUCACGGAGGCGGAGGGCGCCCGGCCGGCCCGGUCCCGGGUCCCGCGCAUCGCCAUCGUGGUGACCGACGGGCGACCCCAGGAUCAGGUGCGGGACGUGGCGGAGCGCGCUCGCCGUGCCGGCAUCGAGAUCUACGCGAUCGGGGUGGACCGGGCCGACCCGCUGUCGCUGCGCCUCAUCGCCUCCGAGCCGGCCGACCAGCACACCUACUACGUGGAGAGCUUCGACGUCAUCGAGAAACUCAGCACGAAGUUCCAGGACAAGUUCUGCGGGCCCGACAUCUGUGCUCUGGUGGCGCACGGCUGCGAGCACCGCUGCGUAUCCGGGGGUGGCGGCACCUACACCUGCCGCUGUGACAACGGCUACGAGCUCAAAGAGGACGGCAAGAGCUGCCGCCUCGUUGGUACAAAAACCACAGCGCGCGGCGUUGUGCAUCCCUAACAAAAAAACGUAUCGU